CACAAUGGAUGCGCUUGCAGUGGUGGUCCGUCAACAUCGCAGUCUUAGUUUGAACCGCUUGCACGAUGGGCGGCAAAACGACAACCGCCCCCAAGGCGAUCUCUGCCGCCUCCGGCAGCCCGGCAACCGCCUCCGGCAGCCCGGCAACCGCCUCCGAGUCCCAGACGCGCAUCCCCAACUGCGCGCGUUGCCGCAACCACUUCGUAACCACGCCGCUCAAGGGCCACAAAAACUACUGCAAAUUCCGCAAGUGCACCUGUGAGGGAUGUCUGCUGAUCAAGAAACGCCAGGUGGUGAUGGCUGAGCACACCGCCCUCCGUCGCGAGAAGGCCCUCUUCAAGGAUCGUCUCGUUAAGGGGCUACCGUUGCCGCCUGAUCCACCUCUACCAACUUCGAGCAGUUGCUCGGAUGAGUCGGUGCGUGCAUUGACAGAGCUGCUUGGCAGAUUCCAAUUCACCCCUGAUCCGACCGCUCUCGUCUAUCUUAUUCUACAAGCCGCUCCUGACCUGGAAGAUGCCUACAGGAAAAUCAUGUGCGCCAAAGAAGAGGUAGCAAGAAAAUGUGGUCAGAACUGGUGUCAGAAAUGUCACGGAGUGGGACUGAGCAGCGGAGUCGCGCCGUCAGUCGCAGCAGCUGCAGCGGCUGCGUCUUUAGCGACUACAGCGACUCCUGCCAGCAUCUACAAGCCUCCCUCUGAGGUGAUCUGGCCCCUCAUACAACAGUACCAUCCCUACAUCUUUGCAUCGCCCUAUUAUUACGAGAUGUAUCGGAAGUUCUACCAGGAGAUGGAGUUCCACAAGGAGAUGGAAACAUUCACGGAAGUAUUGCAACCGCAGUUUAGCAGUCGAAUUAAUAUUGUACCCUGAGUAGAAUCUACUACUUACCUACCCCAAAUUUGUCUUGGAAUCACGUUUAUAAAUACUGCGAUAGCAUGCUGUUUAAUGCUGGAAUAGGAUUCAUGAGCUGGAAAUAAACGAGCUCAUUCAAUCCAUGAGCUGCAACUACUGUCAUUAUUUGAUUAAAUCACUCUCAGUCAGUACCUGAAGAGAAAAAAAAUGCUUGAAACUAAAACUUCUAUUGAUACAGUGUAGAUGUAGAUAACUGUAUUGUGUGUUCAAAUAGUAGUAUACUUCCUUCUUAAUAUAGUAUAAUAUAGCCUAUGUGGUUUCACAUUACCUUUAUAUUAUUGAGAAUAAGGUUCAGCCUUAUAAUUUUUAAAAAAGAUUUUCUACAAGAAUUGUGUGUAAUUUGUUUUGUUCUUAGAACAGUUUCUAUUGUAGUAACAAGUUAACGGUAGUUUGAUAUUGUAAGCUUAGAUAGAAGCCUUCCUAUAAUAUAGUUUGAUAUUCUUUCUCAAUAAUAAAUCCAAGUAUCAAUAUUAUUAAAUAGGUUAUACAAAGAAUAUGAUUAAUUAUUGAAAAUCAAAAUUUAUUUCAUCUUUAUAAUACAUUAGAAGUUUUCCACAUUGUUGUGUUGUUCAUUCACAGUUUUAUUAACAGAGUUAUUACAGAGUUAUUAACUUGACUGAAUCGUCAAAAAUUUCUCUUGAGAAAAGUUAAUAACUCAUGUUUCUAACAGAAAAUUCCUUGUUAUUAACAAGAUCUUGUUAUCCAUAUAAUUGAUUUCCAUAUGAUUUCAUUCAACGAGACUAUUCAUAUGAUAUAACAUCCGGAAUAAAAAGCAAAAAAUUAUCUUCAAAUUUGAAUUGAAGCAUGUGAGUGAUCAUUAAAAUAAUGAUCUUAAUCUGAUGUAAUGUAAAUAAAUUAUAAUGCGUUUACACAGGGGCCUGUUUCAUAAAACCCUUGUAAUACAGGGCGCUCUAUUACAGGACUUAUAAAUUAAAAUUUACAAUCCUGUAAAAUUAUGUUUCAUAAAAAUAAUUCUACACUUGUAAAAUCACCUGCAAUAUUCGCCUGUAUAUUAUUAUAUUAGGCCAGCGAGCCUAAUAUAAUAUUUGAACAAAGUGCUACAGUUAUUUUGGUGGAAAAUAAAAAUACUACUACACCUUUAAAUAUUGAUUAAUUUAAUGAAUUUAAUAGCUCUGUACAUUCUGUACUUUAUAUUUUUGGUGGAAAAUCCACAUUAUCAAAUCUCUGACGAUGGACAGAUUGCAUCCAUGCUGGAAAAUAACUUUGUUAAUGAUAAAUAGUUGAGAAAUUAUAAUAACUACUCAACUUACAUAACUUAUUAUAACAGUUAUGUGAGUAGUAAUGUUUCAAAAAAAAUUAACUGUCAAAUGUUAAUAAUUAAAUUAACGAAAUUAAUUAGAUUUGUUUAAUAAAAAACAUAAAACAUUAUGGACGUACAAUUUCUGAAUAUUUUCAAUAACGUUUUAUUGAGGAAAGCUUAAUUAUUAUAAACCGUUCAUAAUAUUGAUAUGUUUCCUGCAUCAUAUUGUAAGAAAUUCUGUCCUGGAAAAUUCUUGGCCUACGAAUAAUAACAUAGGUAGUCAUCUUUACCAGAACUAGAGCUACUACCUUCAUCCAUUUUAACACGUUGCCUUUUCAACAAAAUAUCGCUUUUCAAGAUUCUACCUAAACUUGUAAAAGUUUUAGGAUUGUCUAAACAAUGAUAAAAUAUUCAACAUCUUACAGGUCCAGUAAUACAGGAAGUUUCUUUUUAUGAAACACAACUAUGAUAAAAUCCUGUAUUAUUUACUUGUAAUACAGGAAAAUGUCUUGUAAAUUGUUUUACAGAGAAAAUUGUUUAUGAAACACAAACUUCUAAAUUUUACCUGUAAUACAGGAACUUUUCCUGUAUUACAGGACUUUUAACUUUUAUGAAACAGGCCCCAGAGUUUAAAACAAAAGUUUUCAACAUAAGUUAAUAACAUUUUCUUUUGGCUGCUAGUUUUGUUAUCAACAAAAGUUAAUAACUUUGUUAUAUGUUUUGUCUGCAGCUGUAGUUAUUAGGGAACAGCUGUAGUUGUAGGGUAGGAAUGCUGUGCGAGGGGGUUGCGGGGAAGAUUCUCGAUGGAUAACAUAAAUCUUGUUAAUAACAAGGAAUUUUCUGUUGAAAACACGAGUUAUCAAAUUUUUUCAGGAGAAUUUUUUGUCGAUUCAGUUAAGUUGACAACUUUUUAUUAAUAACUCAUGUUAUCAACUCCGGUGUAAACGCAACUCAACAUGAUGUUAUCAACUUUUGUAAUUAACAUCAGUUGAUAACAAAAAUGUUAAAAACUUGUGUUAUUAACUCCGGUGUAAACGCAGCUUAAGCCAGUUUUUAUGAAGUACAUAAAACUACCUAUUCAUUGAAGAUUUAGAAUAUGAUUUAUAAGAAACAAAUAUUCGAGUGAAAUGUGAAAGAUGUAAAGCUAAACAUUCUGUUACCUGUACUUUAAUAUUGAUUUUCAUCCAGGAUUUAUGAUAUAAAAGAUCAUUUGAUUAUAUAAAAUGAUUAAAAAUAUUCUGAGACACAUUAUCUCCCAAAUAUAAGUUAGGUACUGUAUAAUAUCAUCCAUAUUAGGCAUUUAUAACGGUAUGCAUAAAGUGGUGUUUUUAAUGUUUGUUGUGAUGUUGCCAGUAUACUAUAGAGCUAUUAAAUUCAUUAAAUUAAUCAAUAUUUAAAGGUGUAGUAGUAUUUUUAUUAAAUCUACUUGUACCAUAUGUUAAUUGAAUAAAGCAUUUGUAGAUUAACUAUGUUUAUUCCCUGAAUUGAAUGCCUUCUGUGUCAUUAAAUGUAUACUCAUAUA